AAAGCGGAAAAGGCGGUCCUUAGCCAAUUGCCUAUUGAGAGAAAGCAAGUUCGUCGGCAGAUAGAUUUCCCAUUGGAUGAAGAGCUCGCUCCUUUACUGUUCUGGCGAGAACUUGCUGCCGCUUUUCGCGUGACUGAGAAAGGCAAAAUGUCUAGUACACGAGUAGCUGUGGUAACUGGAUCCAACAAAGGCAUUGGUCUGGCUAUUGUGAAAGCCCUAUGCAACCAGUUCUCUGGGGAUGUGUAUUUGACAGCCCGGGACCCUGAACGAGGCAAAGCAUCAGUGACACAACUGUCAAGGGAAGGAUUAAAACCACUUUUCCACCAACUGGAUAUUACUGAUCUUGAGAGUAUCCAUAUCCUCCGUGAUUUCCUCAAGGAAAAAUAUGGAGGAUUGGAUGUGCUAGUCAACAAUGCUGGGAUUGCUUUCAAAGUGGCAGAUACAACCCCAUUUGCUGUACAAGCAGAAGUCACACUGAGAACAAACUUCACUGCAACCAGGAAUGUUUGCACAGAAUUGCUGCCACUAUUGAAACCCAAUGGGAGAGUAGUCAAUGUAUCCAGCACGGUUUCACUUUCAGCAUUGUCCAAAUGCAACCAGGAUCUACAGAAUAAAUUUCGGAGUGACACAAUCACCGAAGAGGAACUAGUGAAACUCAUGGAAAAAUUUGUGGAAGAUGCCAAGAAGGGAGUGCAUGAGAAGGAAGGCUGGCCAAGUACUGCUUAUGGAGUAUCUAAAAUUGGAGUGACAGUUUUAUCAAGAAUUCAGGCAAGGCUGUUGAAUGAGACAAGAAAAAAAGAUGGUAUUCUCCUGAAUGCUUGUUGUCCUGGUUGGGUCAGAACAGAUAUGGCAGGUCCCAGAGCCACAAAAAGCCCAGAUGAGGGAGCUGAGACUCCAGUUUAUUUAGCGCUUUUACCUCCUGGUGCUACUGAGCCCCAUGGCCAAUUUGUUAGUGAAAAGAAAGUUCAGAAAUGGUAACUCUGCUAUUGCAUUAUGCUUCUCUAUAAAAGCACUAGAAGUUAUAGAUGCUACGAAGAUCUUUGCUACAGGUAUAUCCUCUAGCAGUUGUACCAAGCUCCUAUGCCAUGGAGGUGAGAACCAAUAUGCAGCAGAUUAAAGUAAAAAGCAUCCAGUUGUUUAGUAAUAUCACUGUUUAAUCUUUUGCUGAGGGUGAUAAUUAGUGCUGUAUCUUAGUAACAAACUUAAGGAUUCUCAAUCUUCUCUAGAUUUGGGUAACUUUUCAAUAUUGGCUUUUAAGAUAAUUCACUCUAAAGAUUUAUAAAGCACAAAUGCAUAAUCUUUUCUUUUGGUUAAGAUAGUUUUCUGCAAUGUAUUAAUUGUGUCAUUUUGAAAACAAAUAUUGACUAUAUAAAACAGUAAAUAAAGUUUAUGAUUAAAUAAUUUGGCAGCCAUUUAUGAUUUCCAUACAAAUACAUUUUUACCCCAUUAGUCACAAAAAACUACUGGCAGUGUUCUUUUCUAGUCCCAAUGGACAGUGUAUGUUUGUUUUUGUUUUUGAAGUAGAGGUAGGGAUCUCUGAUUUUGCAGUGUAUACGAAGUAAAGCUUCCAACAGCAAUAUAAGUGUGACAAAUAGUGAGGAACUAUGGGAAUCUGAUCCAGCAAAAUCUGAAGAGUUGCUGGCCACCCCGCCUCAAAAGUAGAAAAAUUCAAAUGUGAAAUACAACAAUGCACAUUGUACAGAAAGUUUAGUAUGUACACCUUCUCUCCCAUCCUUUAUAUGGAUAAAAUGCAGUAAUAACAGGCCAAUCUUGUAUGAUUAAAAUAUUUAUUCUAAAAUUUUGAUGUGUUACUUGACAUUCAAAAAAGUUAUAACAAUAGGUAUUUAUAUAUUAUUGGGUACAUACAUAGCCAAACACAAAAUUUUGAAAAUUUCGAAAACAUUAGAUAAAUAGAAGGCUUUUCCUUUUUUUAAGGAAACCUAUAUGAGUCCAGAUGGGUAAAAUAUGUUAAUACAAGAAAGUUGUUUUUCUUGUUUUAAGUAAAUAAAAAUAUUAAAAUGGCAUACAAAUAUAAUUCAGAUGAAUUUGGUCAGUUUAUAUAAAUAAUGGUAAUCUGGAAAAUAGAAAGGUAAAGUAAGAUAAUUUAUUACAUAUGGAGUUGCUUCUUGGGUUGUACUGUGUAUAACAACUUUCUUUGAAUCCAUAAUUUAAAACUGCUAUUAAUAUGUUUACAAAAUGUGAGAGGUUUGUGCUUGAUAAGCAUACCUUGUGCAAGACCCGACAUGGAAGUUGCCACCAAUGUGAGUCAGACUUGUCACCUAAAGUUCCCUCAGUGCAAAAAUACUGCUCAUUUGUUAUUUCUGAACAUGGAAAUACAGAUAGUUCUUAACCAGCUAGAUAUUUAAGCCAAAUAACCAUUCCCAAAUCCAGAAGAACUGUAAUUCUGGCAAGAUUGAAUGCCCGUCCAACAGUCAUUUUAAAGGAAAAUUAUGAAACAUCCCAAGACUUUGCCCUGUUGUAAAGGAGCUCUUGAAACAUUAGCCCACAUUUGUUACAUUGCCCUUAUUAUAAAAACGCCUGGUCCCACUUAAUAACUCCCAAGCUAUCUAGAUCCAUUUUAUUUAGUUGUUACUGUCUGGUUAAUGUGAAUUUAUUUCUCUGAUCAUGGCUAUGAUUUGUGUUGGUAUUGGUAAAAAUACCACACUGUCUACACAGGUUUUAUCAUCAUUAAAUUUUAUUAUUCUUAUU